AUGAUUUUUUCUUCAUCCGAGUGCGUGACCUGGCUUUCAUUGGGCAUGAUAGAGUCUGCUGUUAUAAUAGCGGGGAACCUUAUUUCAAUCAUUCUUUUUAUGAAGAACAAUUGUCUUCGCAAAAGAGGCUUGUUCUUGGUUAUUAACUUGACGGUAGCUGACAUGUUGGCUGGGGGAAGUUUCAUUGCAGAUUUAUUUUUUACAUUGAAUAGCAGCUACUGCAAAUUUUCUGAAUUGAACUUGGGAUCAUAUUGGAGAACUGUGCCUUUAAACUUCGCCAUCCUUUUUUUUCCUUUGGCAUCUCUGACAAACAUUGCUAUGAUUUCUUUACAACAAACACACGCCACGUUUCGUCCAUUCCAGCAUCGGGUCAUCAAAAAGUGGGUCUACGGUGUAGCGAUUGCUUUUGUCUGGGUUUUGGCUGCCACAGUAUCAGCAACAGUGGUGUCAUUUAAGCUCUCCACGAAUUCGAGGUCACAUUAUUUUUACUUAUGGCAAUCAUACAACUGUUUGUGUCUAUUUGUUAUCUGUGUUUCUUACACUUCUACCGUUGUUAAAUUUUGUUGUGGAGCGCGUCCUCCGCACCAUGGUGCAGCCAGAAGACAAAGAAAACUUACUGUGACAUUACUCUUAAUGACUGUUGUAUCUUUACUGAUGUGGCUACCAUAUGUUGUAGCCACUUUUGUUAAUUUUAGAACUAACCAUGUCAAGUCCUUAUCUGUUCCAAAACAGUUUCGUUUGAAUAUCGCUUUGAUUUUUUUGUACAACGCAAACUCUCUUGUUAAUCCCAUAUUAUACGCUAUCAGAAUGCCAGAGUUUAGAAGAGCUCUGCUCUCUUUAUUUAGGCGUCAACAAAACCAAAUGAUCGGUAAUAUUCUUCUUCGUCGUUUGUAA